AUGCAGGCGGACAUGCAUAUCGGGAGCUGCUUGCUUCGACCUCACUUGUAUACUGCAUCGUGGGUCCGAGAAUGCAAGUUCUUUGAUGCCCUCCGAACUUUGCCUCUGUUUGCAAAAAUAGACGCGCUCAAUCUGAUAUCGGGCCAGCAAGUCCUCAUCCAGAACUUUGUUGUAGCCACAUGGAAGAUAAUGCAAAUAUCACACGAGCGAAGUCCGCCCAACACCCUUGCUCAUCCUGCAUUUCGUAUAUCUCGGCAGUACGCCAAUGCAGCCAUGGGCCCUGGUGGCCAUGAAGCAAUGGACAGCGUUAUCUACGCAUUAUGCACGUCUAUUGCUUGA